AUGUCAGCAGACGGAAACGAAAAAUACACUAACAAAUAUCACCCGGAUUUUGUUCCGGGUACCAUUAACUUUAUGCUUGACCGUGUGGACUCAAGCAACUUGGAGAAUAUGGAUAAGCAAAGUAAGUUGAAGGUUACGAAAGAUGGUAUUGUUCUACACCCUCAACCGUCUGAUUCACCAAACGAUCCUCUCAAUUGGGGUAAAUGGACUAAGCUGUACCAGUUCAUUCUUCUUUGUUUUAUCACUGGAUUCACAGCGGCCACAUCUAAUGAUGCUGGCUCAAUUCAGGACUCCUUAAACGAAUUAUAUGGUAUAUCUUACGAUGCUAUGAAUACCGGUGCAGGUGUUUUAUUUGCAUCGAUUGGACUCUGCACUUUCAUUCUUGGUCCAACUUCAGCUUUAUACGGCAGAAAAUUGACAUAUGUCAUCUGCAUCUUGCUUGGAUUGGGUGGUGCUAUUUGGUUUGGCCAUUCAAGAAAUACGGCAGACAGUAUCUGGUCUCAACUUUUUGUGGGUGCCAGUGAAGGCUGUGCUGAGGCAACUGUGCAGCUUUCUAUUUCUGAUAUGUAUUUUGCACAUCAGUUGAGUAGCACCUUGACGAUUUACAUUCUCGCCACCUCUGUUGGUACCUAUUUGGGACCAUUAAUUGCUGGAUUUAUUGUUGAGUAUGUUGGAUUCCGUUGGGUUGGAUGGCUUGCAGCAAUUAUCUCUGGUGUGUUGAUCAUUGUGAUGCUUCUUACUCAGUACGAGACAGACUUUGAUAGAAGGAGUUACUAUGGUCAGAUAGAUUCCUCUUCAGUUCAUCCCGCAUCAAGUGAGCUUGAACAGGCAAAGAAGCUUGAGGAUGAAAAGAAAGUUCAAAAUGAGUCCUCCGACUCGUUGAUUGCGUCAAAUAUUGCAUUGAAUAGUGACACAGAGUCUGGUAAAUGCAUGUAUGGCACUGGUACAAAUGAACCUCGAAAGCCAUUUUGGAAAAGAGUUCAACUCAUUACACCUUCCUCAAAUUUGCAGGGACUUGGUAUUAGACAGUACUUUAAGCUUCUUUUCCUUAUGCUUCGUGUUUUUUGGUUUCCACCAGUUCUUUUAUCCGGCUUGUUAUGGGGAUUGCAAGACGCAUUUCUCACAUUCUACCUCACAACUGAAGAUACAGAUUACUAUGAUCCACCUUGGAACUACUCUGAUACCGGCGUCGCUUUAAUGAAUGUGCCUUGUGCAAUUGGCGCUUUUUUGGGCUGCAUUUAUGCUGGCUGGUUUUCAGAUAAAGUUGUUCUGAAAUUGGCCAGACGUAGAAACGGUAUUCAUGAGGCUGAAGAUUACCUUUGGAUGCUUGUCACAAUAUUGAUAAUUGACCCAAUUGGCCUUAUGAUAUUUGCUGUUGGAACCGAUAAAGAAUGGAGCUGGAAGAUCACCUACACAGUUGGUCUUGGAUUUAUUGGCUUUUCGUUUGGUUGUGCUGGAGAUAUCGCUAUGUCAUACUUGAUGUCAGCCUAUCCAGAAAUGAUUUUGGAGGGAAUGAUUGGUGUUUCUUUGAUUAAUAAUGGUAUUGGAUGCAUUUUCACCUUUGCAUGCUCUCCUUGGUUAGAAGCAAUGGGAAACACUAAUACCUAUGCAGUUCUAACUGCUUUGCAAGUAGUUGCAUGCUUGAUGAUUAUUCCUUUCAUGAAGUACGGAAAAAGAAUGAGACUAUGGACGAAGAGAUACUAUAUUAGCUAUAUUGAAGCUAGAGAUGGUGUUAGCAGCAGCAGCACUAAUUGA